AUACCACCGGAAUGAUUAUGUUGAAUACAAUUAGGUAUUGUGAUUAAUUUAAAUGCAUUUGUUGAGUUCUACCGCCUGAAAGCAGCCCGCCCGCCCGACUCGACCCGCACGGCUGAUGCCGGUUUGGGCCAAAUCAAGCGCACCCGCUGCCGUGUUUUGUUGUUUUUCAGCGGCGUAUCGUGUGUGGCCUGUCAGAACCGAGUGACUUUACACUGCAACGACGAGACUGGAAUAACAGGGAUGCUCAUGACUAAAAAGACCAGGAGCACAAUGAAACCGCCAUCACAGUCCCCGCCCGUAAGCAGCUUAGUAUUUGAAGGCGUCUACAACAAUGCCCGCAUGCUUCAUUUCCUCACAGCCGUCGUGGGCUCCACCUGCGACGUGAGGGUGAAAAACGGAGCGUCGUACGAGGGAAUCUUCAAGACUUUAAGCUCACAGUCAAACGGCUGGGACGCCAACGAGAUGUUCAAGUUCAACGAGGAGGCGUACGGCGUCAAGUCCACCUACGACUCCAGCCUCUCCAUGUACACCAUGCCUUUGGAGAAGGGGAACUCCGAGGUGUUUCGACAGCGGGAAGCUCGAGCCGCCCGAUUGGCCAACGAGAUCGAGGGCAGCGUGCAGUACCGCCGGCGCGUCUCCCUGGAGAACGACGAGGGCCGCAGCGAGGAGGACAAGUACAGCUCGGUGGUCCGGGAGAGGGAGGACCGGGCCAGCCCCGGGUUCCCCGCCAGCGGCCGGGAGGGUAAAUACAUUCCUCUGCCGCAGCGGGCUCGGGAGAUCGGCCUGUCCGGCAGGACCGGAGUCUCCGGACGAACCGGCGCACCGGCCUCCUCCAGACACCCGCCACCGGGCUCCUCUUCCCCCAAACCUCCGUCUGACAGGAGCAGCCCGCUGUCCGUCAGGACGGCCUACUCUCCUCACCAAUCACAGAGCAGCCCGCCGGCAGCCGGCAGCCCUCCCUGCACCAAUCACGUCCUCCCGCACUCCCUCUCCCACCCACAGGCGCUGGCCGACUCCUCUCGCUCGGUGGUUAACGGAGUUACAUCCAGAACUUCCCCCAAAUCCCAGAGACCUCAGAGCAGCAGAAACCUGCGGACCCCAAACUCCCAGUCCUCACAGGCAGUCUCUCGUGCUCCUAAAGCAGACGCCCCUCCCCAGGAUCUCCCCCUGGUCGGCCCCAUUUUCUUAGACUCCUCCUCCACCGUCACCACGGCAACCACCAAACCCUCCGGGCCCACCCCACUCUUCCCGGUCGAUGUGAACGAGAUCCUCAACACAGCAGCUAAAGAGAGAACUGAAAGUCUGUCUGAAGGCAAGAACAGCAAAGCUCCCACGGUGCAGAAGAGAUCCCAGCUGGAGGAGCUCCGCAAGUUCGGCAAAGAGUUCAGGCUGCAGCCCACCUCCUCUCCGUCAGGGAGCCCGGCCGCCGCUGAUCCUCCUCAGCACAGCUCCGCCCCCCUGGCCUCCUCCGCCUCCUCCCCCGCGCCCCCUAAACCUGUCCCCUCCUCUGCCCAAGAGCUGCAGUCGACCCCAGAGGCCGCAGCCCCCUCAGCCGGCGGCCUCCAGUCCUCGGGGCCAGAGGGGCCGCAGCCCGGGACCCCGGCCCCCGGCAGCAGCGAGGACGGCUGCUCGGAGAGCGGGGAACGUCCAGACUCUGGACCUGUAGCGCAAGUGAAGAACUCAACGUUGAAUCCAAAUGCAAAAGAAUUUCUUCCCAUCAAAGUGAACACAGUCCAGAAGCCUGCGCCGACCCCCACCCCCCCCCGCCCGACCCCGCCCAGCCCCUCUUUGGUUCUGGCGCCUCAGGGACAACCAGGAGGGGGCGCCAUCUACAGCAACCCACCCGGACACUACCUGUCCUACGUCUCCCCCCUCCACAUCCAGGGACACCAGAUCCAGGCCCGGUGGUGGGACAGCGUCCGGAGCACUCCGCCUCCCCCAUGCUCUCGGCUGCGGCCUCGGCAGCGGGACCCCCGCUGGUGGCCUCGCCCUACCCGCAGUCCUACCUGCAGUACGGCCAGGUGAUCCAGGCCAUGCCCCCCCACUACCACGGACAGACAGUUUACUCGAUGCUGCAGGGCGGAGCGAGGAUGCUGACGUCCGGGGCCCCCCCUCAGCAGAUGGGUCCACCUGGCCCCCAGUACCCCGGCCAGGCUGAGGGCCCCCAGGGGCCACAACAGGCCAUGUAUGCUCAGUCGUUCUCUCACCAUUCGGGCCCCAUGCAUCAUCCUCAGCCCUCCAGCACCCCCACUGGGAACCAGCCUCCCCCCCAGCACACGGCCCCCAGUCCGGGACACAAUCAGUCAAAUCAGGCUGGUCCUCAGCCCCAGUCCAUGUUCCACUCGGGGGGUUUGUCGGCCCCCAACCCCCCCAACAUGCAGCCGGGCCACAGCUCCCCCCAGGCGUCCUACACCAUGCAGGGAUACAGCCUGCCCACCCACCAGCAGCUGCCCCACGGCUUCCCCUCCAUCAGCCAGCUCACGCAGGCUCACGUUGCAGGAGGCAUGUCUGGACCGCACCACUCUGCUGGCCACGGCCUGCCCCCCGUCAUGCUGCACUACGUCUCCCCUCAGCAGGGCGGGGGCUCCAACCCCCAACAUGGGCCCCAACAGGGGGCGCCACAACACUUCUACAUCGGACACCCACAAGCUCUUCAGGUCCAGGCUCACCCCGGCCAGCAGCUGACCUUUCACCCCUCUGCAAACUGAAAUCCGGCCCAUCUGGCUUCAGGAGCGAGGAAGACGAGCGUUGACUGCGUGACGUUAAAAACAAAACAACAACCCCCAAAAUCCC